AUGGCGGUGAAUGGUUUGUACGUAGUUCAAGGUGAAGUCAAUGCUGUGGUAGCAUUGCUGAAGAAAGCACACCGAAACUGGUCCCAUCAUCAGCAACAGAUCCAUUUAGGACACUCAUUGCUUGAUGAAACUGAUCCAUUGUUAAGGAAUUUCGCAGAUUUAAGAGAUGUUUUCAAUUCUGUAAACGAUUUAUCGGAUAUGAAUCCAGACACAUAUCUAAGUCCAUUUCUUGAUGUGAUACGUUCUGAUCAGACCAAUGGUCCAGUAACGGCACAGGCUUUGUCAUCCGUUGCUAAAUUCCUUAGUUAUGGAUUAAUUGAUAGUUCAAGUAUCAAAGCAUCAAAUGCAGUAGAAAAUAUUGCGGAUGCCGUAACGCAUGCGAAAUUUAUUGGUAGUGCUGACAGUGGUAGAGAUGAAGUUGUUCUGUUAAAAAUUCUUCAGGUGUUGCGUACUCUUUUGCUUACACCAGUUGGGCGAUUAUUAUCCAAUGAAAGCGUUUGCGAAAUGAUGCAAAGUUGCUUUCGGAUCAGUUUUGAGCCAGCUUUGAGUGAACUUUUACGUGAAGCUGCUGAAGCUACCUUAUCAGAUAUGACGCAGCUAUUAUUCACAAGGCUACCUACAUUUCAAGAAGAUAUUCGUCAUCCUUACAUUCGAAAACUAGUGAAGCGUGCUGGUCAUUUAGCAGGGAAGAGAAAGAAACGAAAAACUUAUUUUAAUGAUAUUGUAAAAAAUGAGAAAGGGGAAAAGGAUAGCACUGAAAGCAAUAUCACAGCGUCUCGACAAGAACAUGCUGAUUUGAUGCAAGAAGAAAAUAGCCAGGAAAGCGGUCACAGUAUUGGAUCACCACAAAACGUUGGUCUGUCAAAUUCGAUUGAAGUGAUACCACUUCUGCAGAGUAACGAUGACAGAAAGUUGAAAAGUGAUAAUUCUCAAACUACUAUUAUCGAUAAAACAAAAGAAACUAGUGCUGUUUCUCGUCAACAUUUAACGGAAUGGCCCGAAUCUGUUGAAUGUUAUGAUAGCGUUAUUGUUUCUAAACCAUCAGGAGAACAUCCCGAAGCAACAAGACCUGAUUCAGAUGAUGGUGUUGUACCAGAUAAUGAUGAUAGUUCUGCAUCAUCCAAGGAAGAGAAUAACGAAAAAGGACGAGUGAUUAGAAAAAGGAUGAAAAGUCAUGAGGAGAUGGUGAAGCCAAUAUCCGAUUCUGAAAAAGAAAAUCAUGUAGUGAAUGAUGAAAAAUCAGCACCAUCUACAGCGAUAAUUGCUUCAAACCUAACCGCUCAUAUACCUUAUGGCAUACCAUGUGUUCGUGAAUUACUCAGGUUUUUAAUUGCUCUCACUAAUCCUUUGGAUCGUGCUAACACAGAAUCAAUGAUUUUGAUGGGUUUAAAUUUGCUUACCGUUGCAUUGGAAGCUGGCGCCGAUCAUGUUCGCAGUUUUUCGUUGCUGAUGCCAUUGGUGAAAGAUGAACUUUGUCGUUCGCUGUUACAACUGUUGGAUACUGAAAAAUUGCCCGUAUUUGCUGCGACGAAUCGUCUUUGCUUUUUGUUGUUUGAGGGUCUUCGUUCGGACCUGAAAUUCCAACUUGAAAUGUAUUUUCUAAAAUUACAAUCAAUCGUUACUAGUGAGCAGACUCGUAUUAGUUAUGAACAAAAAGAAAUGGCACUAGAAAGCAUUGUACAGUUAUGGCGUAUAGCGGGACUAGUUACGGAAAUUUACUUGAAUUAUGAUUGUGAUUUAUAUUGCUCAAAUCUUUUUGAAAAUCUUACCAAGCUUCUUCUUGAAAAUGCGUUUCCUGUUCUUGGUUUGCGUUCUAUCAAUCUAUUAUCUCUGGAUGGUUUACUUACUGUAAUUGAUACGAUUGAUAACAACUGUGUAUACAGGCAGGCUGGUGGUGUUCAUCAGAAAACCGCUAUUCCAACUUCGAUAUCAGCGCAGUUGCACUUACCAGCUAUUAGUGGAUAUGCUUUUGGAAGACAGAAUGCAAUCGAUGAAAGUUUAUCAUUGCACGCAAAUCGAAUGGCUCCAUCAUCUUCUCCUCCAUCAAUUAUCGAAGUCAUCGAGAGGAAAAAGAAAAAACGAAUUAUUACAGAAGCGACAGAAUUUUUUAAUCAGGACCCAAAGAAAGGAAUUGAAUUUCUUAAAGAGAAGAAAAUUUUAAAAUCACCUCUGGAUCCUGUAGAUGUUGUAUCUUGGUUAAGAGAAAAUCCGCGCCUCGAUAAAAAGCGAAUUGCUGAUUAUAUCUGCAGCCGAAAAAAUGCCGCUGUGUUGGAUGCUUUUGUUCGGUCAUUUCCAUUUGGAAAUACUCGUCUGGAUGAUGCUUUGCGUAUGUUUUUGGAAGCAUUUAGAUUACCUGGAGAAGCUGCAGAAAUUUCGAUGGUAAUGCAGCAUUUUGCAGAUCAUUGGUAUAUCGCAAAUGGUGAACCCUUCAAUCACGUUGAUGCUGCUUUCACAUUAGCUUAUGCUGUCAUUAUGCUUAAUACUGAUCAACACAAUCCACAGGUGCGGAAAAAUCAGCGGCCAAUGCAAGCAGAAUGUUUUAAGCGAAAUUUAUCAGGUACUAACGGUGGUCAGGAUUUUGAUCCUGCAAUGUUGGAUGAAAUGUAUAACGCUAUCAGAAAUGAAGAAAUUGUGAUGCCUGCUGAACAGGUUGGAAUUGUAAAAGAAAAUUAUCUAUGGAAGGUUUUAUUACGACGUGGUGAAACGAAGGAAGGUGAAUUUAUCCAUGUACCAGCAGGAUGGAAUGACCAUGAUUUAUUUAGUAUCACUUGGGGUCCAGCUUCCGCGGCACUAUCGUUUGUAUUUGACAAAAGUGGAAGAGAUACCAUUUUGCAGAAAGUGCUGAAUGGAUAUCGCAAGUGUGCAUCUAUAGCUGCACAUUAUGGAAUGAGCGAUGUUUUCGACAAUUUAAUUAUUCAUUUGUGCAAAUUUUCUACUUUGAUGGCUACAAAUGAAGAGAAUCCGGAACAGAGUCUGGAAAUUCGGCAACAUGGGGUUUUGAUUGAAAAUUCCAAUCAAAAUGCGGAGCAGAUUGCAAUUGCUUUCGGUGAAAACACAAAAGCGCAAAUGGCUGCGAGAGCUAUGUUUCAGCUGGUACAUGCUCAUGGUGACAUUCUUCGAGAGGGCUGGAAAAAUGUGCUAGACAGUAUUUUACGUUUAUUUUAUGCCCGUUUAUUGCCGAGUACAAUGACGGAAGUAGAGGACUUUGUGGAUAGCAAAGGAUGGGUAUCGAUACAACGAGUAUUACCACCAAAGUUAUCAACUAAUCGAAGCGAUUCUGGUUUGCUUAGCUGGCUUGGACUUAGCUCGAAUUAUGACAACAAGGAAUUUACGCCAACUGCCGAUCAGCAACAACUUAUUAAAGUAGCUCAAGAAGUGAUAGCUGAAUGUCAUCCGGAACAGCUCAUCAUUGAUGGUAAAUACCUCACUUCAUCUGCACUUUCUGAAUUCAUUAGUACUAUUAUUCAAGCUUCUACAAAUGUUGCUCACACUGAAAUGGAUAAAGGUGAACCUGUGACAAGAAAAUUGAAAGAACAGGAAGAGGAUGCACUUGUACUUUACCUGGAAAUGAUGAUUAGCACAGCACUGGAAAAUAAAGAUCGUUUAUCUCAAAUAUGGACACCAAUCAAGCAGCAUUUGAAAUGGAUUAUGAGUAGUUUUGGUCAGAAUCCGUUGAUUGUGGAGAGAGCUGUUGUUGGCUUAUUAAGGAUUGCAAAUAGGAAUUUGUAUCAUCUUAAAGAUGAUAUUGCUGAUGAAGUGCUUCAAUCUUUAGGGAUUUUACUGAAACUAUCACCUCCAGCUAUGUUUAUGUUUUCGCGACAAAUUGCAUAUGGAUUACAUGAAUUGUUGCGCACAAAUGCUGCAAAUGUACAUCGACGUGAACAUUGGGCAAUUCUUUUUGGAUUAAUGGAAGCUGUAGGAGCUGGUGUCUAUCCGGAGGAUUUCAAUACACAUAUUGAUACUCCUGCUUCAUCUCAAAGAAAAUCGAAAAUCCUAAAUCGACAAGUGCAUAGUGAUACGGAACCAAGUUUAAGUCGUCCUCGAGUUGAUAACACAAAUGAAACAAUGUCUGUUGACAGAGGUUACACAUCUGAUGUUGUUCAAGGAUCAGUAUCAUCCUUUUCGUCUCUUUCAGAACAUAUCGAUAGUGCAGCUUCAUUAUUAAAGGAGACAAGCACAGAAUGGAUACAUGUUGAUCACAAAGAUGCAGUACUUGCUACGCAGCAACAGCAGCUCCAACUUAAGCCAACUGGAAAGCAGCAUCUUUAUUCGAGUGUUUUUGAUCGUGGUACUGUUGUGCUGCGGACUAAUCUCAUCAGACACGAUCCUUUAGCGUUUCUCAAAGUGGGAGAAACGCUAGCAUUUCUGGUACGAGAUGCAGCUCACAUCACUCCUGAUAACUUUGAUUCGUGUAUUGAAUGUUUGCGUUCAUGUACUGAAGCUAGUCUGGAUGGUGGACGAUAUGCUGCAGGUCCGCUUAGUGGUGAUGCUCAAAGUCAGCUGCGAAGUGUUCUAAAAGAUGAAAAGUUAAAGCAUAGUACUAAACAAGAUAGAAAUAGCCAUAGACGCAUGUCUUUGAAAACUGGAAGUAGCUAUGAGGACGAAGAAAUGUCAGCUCAAGCUGAACCACAAAAGUUAUCAGCAAGCUAUCAACAGGUUGCCUUCCAGAUACUUGACUUGUGUCACACAUUGCAUGUGAAAGGUGCUGCAAUAUAUCGAAGUUGGGCUGAUGGUGGAGCUAAGAUUGAUGCUAGUUUACCAGCUUUAUGGAACCAUUGUUGGCGACCACUUUUACAAUGUAUAGCUCGUCUCUGUUGUGAUUGUAGGCGACAAGUACGAACACAAGCGCUUAAUUUCCUUGUGCGAGCCUUUCUAAUACCGGAAAUGCAAGUGAUGAAAGGCAAACAAUGGGAAGAAUGUUUUGGUGAGAUACUUUUCCCUCUGCUACAAAAAUUGCUCGAAAAUUUAUCACCAAUGGAUCCAAUUGGAAUGGAGGAGACAAGAGUACGAGUUAUGCAACUUAUCUCGAAAAUUCUGCUCAAUCAUUUAACGCCUUUGAGCUUGUUGCCAUCAUUCCGAUCGUUAUGGUUACGUUUGCUAGAUUAUAUGAAUCAGUAUCUUCAUGCGGAUCGUAGUGAACUUUUAUCAGAAUCAAUCCCAGAAUCGUUAAAGAAUAUGAUCCUCGUCAUGGACAAUACUGAAAUGUUCAAUACGAUACCUGAUUUAUAUGAUAUGACUGUUACACGUAUUGGUACAUUCUUGCCAGAGUUACUUGCUGAAGUGAUGCCUGGCCCACCAAGAAGGUUGGAUUUGCCUGAUAUGAAAUUACAAGAGACUCCAGAUUCAUCUCUACAAAACAGAAACCCUGAAAUUACUAACCUCGGUUCUAGCGAAACUGCAUCAAUACUUCCUCAACAAUUCAGUAUUGAUAGACAAGUGCUAAUCGCCCCACCAAUCGAUUUAACUACGCAGUCACAAUCUCCAAAUCUUGAGCAAAUGGAAUCUGAACAUAUCAUCCAUGACAACGAAACUUCUAAGUGUGCCAAUUUAUCAGAAGCUGCAGUGGAAAUUUCGAUUCCAGAAUUGGAAGAAGUAAUCGUUCAUCCCGGUAGCACUUCCCCGCCUAUGCAGUCGCAUUUUAUAACUCCUGAAGCAAAUAUGCAAUCUUCGAUGCCAACUUUAAAUGCAGAAUCGAUUGUUUAUAGUCGAAGUGGAAUAACAUGUGGUGAACAGUGUUCAGGUCAACAAUUGUCAUGUGCUCAAACUGCACAAAUAUACAAUACUGAUUAUCGUUACGAUGCUGCCGGAGUGACUAACGUGAAUGACGAGACGCAGUUUGCUACGUCAUCAAUGGAACUAUAUCGAGUAGCGCCACCUCAUUUAUUGUAUGCUCAACAACAAUUACAACAGCCUCCAAUUAUGGACUCACAGUCAUCACAAAUCUCGUAUCAAUUAACUUCGAAUCCAGUGCCAAUGAUGAUGUCAUUUGGUGAACCUUUAUUUCCAUCACCAAACAGUGCAUUUUCACCUCCAGUAUCUUAUGCUGAGUCAGCACUGAAGGAAGAACAAAAUAUGGUGGUAACAUCUAAAAUGGCAUAG